AUGAGUAUUUUUGAUGAGAAUCUUAUGUUGGAAUCGAAUUCUAGCACUAACGAACAUAUUUGUAGAUUAAUUUUAUAUAUCGAAUUAUCUAAUACAAGUAUUCGACUAUGGGAUAUAAUUAUAUUAGUUCCUAAUAUGAUAUUUUUAAUAUUUUUAAUGUUUCGAUUCAAUCGUGCACGAUUAAAGUUACGUGCUACAAGUAGUCCAAUAUUUUUGGCAUUUUAUGGUCUGGUAUUAGCAAAUGUAGUUAUCAGCGUAAUACGAUGUUGUGUAUCAAUGUCAGUAAAUGCAGCUGCUCCAAUUGGUAGUGUUACGGAUAAAAUAUUAUGGGUCACAGUGCGAUUUUUUUUACUUGCUACCGAAAUGAGUGUCGUGAUAUUUGGCUUAGCAUUUGGUCAUUUGGAUAGCAGAAGUAGCAUACGAUAUGUGCUGAUAGCAACAACGUUUAUAUCAUUGGUGUACACAAUAAUUCAAGGUGUUUUGGAAAUUGUUCUACCCGAUGAUAGUUUUCAUAUACAUUCUAAAGAUUUUGAUUUAUAUGGACAUGGUGGAAUGCUAUUUUGGUUCUGUUCAUCAUUGGUAUUCACUAUCGUAUAUUUAUUGAUAUUUAUAUUACCAUGGACUCGUUUACGAGAGCGAUUAGCAUUACCUAUUAAGAAGUCAUUUUAUAUUUAUAUAUUUUUGCUAUUCUUAUUGGAUUUGGUACAAUCAAUCGGAAGUGGUUUGUUAAAUUAUGAUAUUGUAGAAGGAUUAUGUGUGGUCGAUGUAACAACUGGACUUUAUUUUACAUUAUUAACACCAUUAGUAUAUAUUACUUUCCUCAGCGAGUUUUUAGGAGUUACACAACCAACAAUAAUGUUCUCUUAUAAGGCACAAGUGGAUGAUAACAUGGAAGAUGAUACAGUAUCGUUACCACAUCAACAAUCGUUUAGUUCUUUAAAGACUGAUUCCGAUUAUAUAUAUCAAAAUCCAAAUGCUUAUGAUAGCACUCAAUUUAAUAUAGGUGGUGUAACACCAGUCAAUCCACUUUAUACAGCUUCAUUACAAAGUCCUGAUAGUAUUACUGGUUAUAGCAUUACAUCCAAUCAGAGUUUAGAAAUUGGUGGCACUACACAUGGUUAUCAACAAAAUUUUUCUAUUCAAAAUUCAUAAAUUAAUUUAUGUCCCUAUAAUCAUAUUUUAUGUUGAAAAUAUCUAGUCACAUGCUAACGUGAUAAUAAUUUUCCACUUUUCGUACACGUUAGUGCUGUCACUGCGUUGUAAUGGUAUAAAUUACCAGCAAUAUUGAGCAUGGUGGAUAAUGUAUAUAAUAUAAUACUUAAAAGAAAUUUUUUUUUACUAGACAAAAAAUUGAACAUUCGGCAGCUUAGAUAGGAAGCCGAUGCAAUAAGAUCUAUUAACUUAGUGAAAUGGGGUUUGAAUAAGAUAGUAGUGCCUCCUAACGGUAAUUGAUUGGCAAAAUAUAAAAACGUACAAGCUACCCAUUUUCGAAAAAAUCACUUUCAAAUUUUAUCGUCUGAUAUCUAUUAAAAUUGUUACUACCUUAUCGACAACUCUUACAUAGAUGAGGCAAAUUAAUAAUAAUAAUAAUAAAUCUUAAACCUAUUGGUCAUCUGGAUCCUCCUGGAAUUAUCUCGUAAUCUGGAGGCGGAAAUGUAUUCCAAUGAAACGAUGUACUGUUACAAAAAACUACAAGACUCUAUAGACGCCAGAGUCAACACAGAAAGUCCACAUUUAUUUUUGACAACUCCCUGAAGGCUGCAACAAGUGUAAAUAACAUGAAAUAGAGAUUCCAUAGUCCUCUAAACACACCCUAAAAUUAUGAAGAUGAUAGUUUAUCAUCAACCAGGUUUUGUCAGUAUUAACUAGUAUCCUAGUCAGUAGUUACUGAGAACAUGAAGUAUUUUCUUGAGGAAACGAUACUUUUUUAUAUUCUCGUAAAAGCAAGUCCGCUGUCUCGUUCAUUUUCAAACUAAAUUGGCCCGAUUACCGUAUUACCCUAACUGUGUUUUCAGCGCCAGAUGAUUCAUGGCCUCAAAGUAUUCAUUCAAAAACAAUCUUCGUAACUUUUCGUGUUAUAGAUUUGUACACAUCUCAACAGAACGAAGAUUUUUUUCUUAAAAAACGAGUUUUCCAUCGUGUACGUACGAAUUGGAAUUGUUUUCUUUAUUCUAGAUUCAUAAUUAGUUCAAAAAGGGGUGAAAAAUCACUAGAAUUCAAUCUACUUCCUACUUUAUCAAUGGUUGAUGAGGUAUUAACAGUUUUAGAUCUAAGAGGGGAAUUUUGAGUUUGUUUUUCUCGAAAAGGAUGUGGCCAGGAAGUUUUAUAUUCUGUCAAUCAGUUAGAAGUACCACAAUUAUAUCAUCCAUCUUGAAGUAAAUUUCCCAGAUUGCGUUGACGCACUUUUAUAAGAAUCUUUGCCUGGAUUACAUUGAAAUUCAAAC